AUUUAAGCCUAAAUUGAACUGUCUAUAUUGGAUAUUAUGGCGAACACGCGGAGGUCUACGACAGAUGAAUAUGAAAGCGACUCUAAUAUGGGAGAUGAUCAAACGGUUCCUGCAAAGUCACAUCAAAAUUUGGUUGUUAUUCCUGUUAUCCCAAGACCGCUGGCAAUUUUUUGCCUCGUCGCAAACAUUAUUUUUCCUGGAUCUGGUAAUGCGCAUUUGUAUUAGUAAUACUCUUCCUUUGUAUGAAAUUACGAUUCGCUAUUCGGACACAGACGAUUCUUCCGGACAAUGAAAAGAUAAUUAUCUGAUACAUCGUCUGUGUACUGACACAGCAAGCACACGAAUCAUGCGUGCGUUGUUCGUUUUGAAGGAUCAGUGGUCCGUCAAUGUGCAUGUCACAAAUAUACGUCAUUACGAACGGAAAUAUCAGAAAAAAUUCAUACAUAAUUUGUUCCGAGAACCAUUGCAUGUAUAAUAGUCAUAGAUAUCUUAUAUACACUAGAUAGCGCAUCUCUUUUAGUAAAAUUGAAGCCAAGAAUAUUCCAGCGGUUACCCCCAUUUGAAUAUAGAUGGCGGCCAUGUGAUGUUUCCCACUCGCUAAUAAACGCUUACAAAACAGCAAUAACUUUCAUCAUUUGAAUAGUUUGAAAAUGUAUUUGGAAUAGGUUUAACUAAAUGUUUAAGUUCCCUGUUUAAGAAAUAGAAAACAUACGAGUCUUCUCAUUUCAUGGGAAUAUCCUGAGUCUGCAAUCACGGCUUCAAUUUUUCACUAGUGAAUUGUAGAAUAAUUAGAUGCACUAUCUAUAGUGUAUAUAAGAUAUCUAUGAUAAUAAUAAGUUGACUAUUAAAGUAGGUCAUAGAGGCCUAUCAGUUGUCGGUACCAGCGGCCGGUUUAUCCCCUUUCCGCUAGCGCUGGGAUGUGCUACAAAUUUUGCGGAAUUUUCAUGAUCAGUUCAGUAGAUAUUUUAGAACUGUGUAUACUUCUUUUUAUACGUAUAUAGCUCAGUUGGUAGAGCAUUCAUCUGAAGACCGAUAGAUAGCAUUGUUUCAGGUAAACUGGACUGUGCAGUAAGUCAUGCACUGCCGUUUCCCCAAACUGAAAAGUGCCAGUUUCGAGCUAAUAAAUUAAUUCACUUGCGCACAAAAAUGUAAGGUUUUUAAAACGCAAUGUCAAUUCAUAGGCUAACAAAAAGUAAACGUGAAAAUUAUCCGUCGAGUCAACAAUCUUGCAGGAGUUUGUGAUGACAAGUUGUUGAAAAGGAUUCGUACAAUGAGUCUGCUGCAAGUUUUUUACGUUGUUGUGCGUUUUUGCGUGUGCAUCGGAUCUGUAGUCUGUAUAGACGGAUAUACUAUGUACGUCUCAAGUGUAAAGCCUGUUUUCCACUUCAACCGUAUCGUAGCAUUUUCUUUUGUGUCGAAGUCAUUAGUUCCACUCUAUAGUGCUCAGGAAACAAAGAAAUACGCUACGCUUCGGUACGAUUGAAGUGGAAAACUGGCUUAAACAUGCGGAAGUGCACAGUUCCAACACAGUUCCAACAACUCGUUCUUGAGACCGCGUUUCCGGCCACUUCAAGUCUUCAACCGUAUCGUACCGAAGCGUAUUUCGUUGUUUCCUGAGCACUAGAGUUGAACUAAUGACUCGGAUACAAAAUAAAAUGCUACGUUACGUUACGUUACGAUUGAAGUGGAAAACCCGGAGCCUUUAAGGCCCAUUUCCACUCAGGAAAAUUUUCCGGCAGAAGUUUGUAAAAUGUGAAUGGCCAACACAAUUUUUCCGUCGGAAAAAAAAUUUUAAAGUUGAAAAUUUUCAACUUUUAAUAACAAUGAUAUUUUCGGAAAAUUUUCUGUCCGUGGAAAUUUUUCUUGAGUGGAAAUUGGCCUUUAUUAGAGUCUUAGGGCCUGUUCAUAUGGGCAAAAGUUAUCCCGGUUAACGAGAGAACUUUUCGACUAGCCAAAUACUUUUGUUCUGUUCAUAUGGAGAAAUAUUAUCCCACUUACCGGGAAAAGUUUCCGGCUGUGACGUAGCACUGAACAUCAAUUGAAUUGAAAAGUUGCUGACACGACAAAAAGUUAUCCCGCUAAGCGGGAAAGUUGUGUUCAUAUGGGGAAAACAUUAUCCCGGUCACCGAGAUCUCGCCUGUCAACAAGCGAGAUCUCGGUACACGGGAAAACUUUUCGUAACAAGGCGAGAUCUCGCUCGUAAACUUGUCGAAAAGUUUUCUCGCUAACCGGGAUAACUUCUGCCCAUAUGAACAGGCCCUUAGUUAGGGACUAUCCCCGAUGGAAGGAAACCGGAUUACCAUGCGCGUUUUCGGGAGAGCGUUGACCGACUCUUUUCACAUGAUAGUUGAGCCCGGAACGAGAGUGGAACUCACGAUCUGGACGAACUUGGGAAAUUCAGAGGUGAUGAAGGCUCUUGCGCUAACGUUUGCGUCAUCGAAGACUCUAUAUAUCGUUCCAUUGCGGUCUAUAUAUCCAACAUUUAUUCUUGCAGGCACCAUUGUUUCAGGAUUCUCUGUUUUCUGUUUUCAUUACGAGAAGGAUAGCUGUCUUGAAAUGAUAAACACCUGUGUGGCAAAUGUUCUUGUCGGGUUGUGUCAACUGAUCACUGUUGUAUUUCUUCUUAUUGGUUGGUUUUGGAGUAUCAUUUGGGGAUGUGCUCUGGUUGGUCAUUCCAGUAAGUAUAUGCUAUCAUGCUGUACAGGCCCUUGUCUCAGUAAAUUACAGGCAAUGAAACCUUUGUUCUGUCUGUUCAACCUGGGGUGUUUAAUUUUGAGUCUUUGAACGGUAUUCCCGAUGCAUUUGCAGCAGAAUACAACUAUCGUACUGCAGCACUACUGAACACAUUUGUCACAAAACCAAUAGUUUCUUCCCGGACAGAAUGCUAACUUUUUCCACGGCGAAGGGCGGGGGGGGGGGGGGAGAGAGAACAGUUUGGACCUACGACGACACGAGUAGAGUGUCCCCUACUGUCUGAACAUCCAGGGCCAUUUAAAGCUAAUUAUUUAGAUACGAAGAGAUUUGUAGAUGUCGAAUGAGAUCCUAAGUCGAAUGAGAUGCCUCAAAUGGAGGGGGGUAACCUACUGAUAUUUAGUUCAGAUAACAAACAUUACAGUUUUUCUCCGCAGUUAGUACAGAACGUAUGCAGGUGACGUGAUGUUAACGGCCUUUUUUAUAUUUCUGUCCCAAUAUAGAUUACUACAAAAAAGAUACAACUGCCAAACCAAUCAGACUAACAGUCAGAUCUGCCUCUUCUGUGAAAGAUGAAGGGUGAUUAGCUCAUUCAGACUGAAUGGACCAAGAACAAAAUUUGUAAAGUAAUUUAUGAAUGCGACUUUAAUUUUAUUCUCGAAAGGUUUUAAGUCACAACAUGUAUUUGUAGACUUCCGCAAAGAUUUGAAUCCAGUCUCCCUAUGCGCAAUUGCGUAAUUACGUAUACAGUCAAAUACAGUCUCCAUAUGCGCAAUUGCGUCACAGAGUAAUUACAUACAGAUGUCUCACUUCUGCGAAAAAACGUUUUUACUGCGCAUAUCUGGCGGCCAUGUUCUUAGCGAGUGUCUUAAAGAAAGGCAUUCACCCCCCUGGAACAUUAAAUUUCAAUAUGUUUUCAGUGGGAUUACGCCCUCUCCUUAGGGCACUUGCUAAGAACAUGGCGGACUGGAAAAAUCCCUUACGCUAAAUUAACCAAAAGUUAGACCUCUGUAUGUAAUUACUCGUUGAGGAGUUCUGAACAGAAAGCAUCGCGUUUCCCAUAAGAAACUAGGCUACGCAAGUAAAAACGCGCAAAUUGUUACAGAUCUGCAAGCAAGUUGUAACAAGGUUGUCAAGCCGAUAUCAGGAUGUGUCAUUGAACUAUAAAUAAACUGGAAGGCUAACUCAGGGGGGGAAAUUGAAGCCAGUGCAUUUUAGUUUUUCUGAGUUAUGAGCAGAAAUACUCAACACUGAACGUUGGGCUAUAUAUCAAAUUGAAGCUAUUGAAAAACACUAUUUGGUGUAGAAAUUUCAAGACUUUAGCUAAAAGGCAAAUAUUGAAAAACUACAAAUAUAAUUACCGAUAAUUUGCCGUUUUGCAGUUGUUUUCGUAUUUUUUAAAUAUUUUUCUUUUCGCUGAAGUCUUGAAAUUUCCACACCGAAUAGCAAUUUUCAAUAGCUUCAAUUUGAUAUAUAGCCCGACGUUUGGGGUCAAGUAUUUCUGCUCAUAACUCAAAAAAACUAUUUUGGCUUCAUCAAAUCAUAGGCCUUCAUCAUAGCAGUUAGCCUUCCAGUUUAUUUAUAGUUCAACGGGAUGUGUUCGCACUUCUUGUUCCCAGUUCUAAUUGUGACAAGUCUAGAACUGAGUUCUUAUCACCUUGUAACAAGGUUGACAACGGUAACAGACUUGCUACAAGUUGUUCCAGCAAGAGUAAAACAGGCUGUUCCGCCUGUUCGUCACAAGUUGCUACGAGCUUGCUGCCAUCGACUUGUUAACAACUUGUUACGUGCAGACGAUAUCAGACUUGUUGGAACAAUAUAUGUUUGUGAUGUUGUCCACACCGGGCAAGCUGAAAAGUUUGUUUCACCAUAGCCUAUCGAAGGGAAGAUGGCUGUGAAACUCAUUAGAAUAACAAUAUAACUCAUUAUCUAUGUUAGUCAACGUUUAUUCACAAAUCUGGUCCUUCACCGUCACGUGUGUAUUGUAUUUUUGCCCAACUAACCAAUAGCAAUGUUUUAGGAAAGUCACCUAUCCGUAGCCUGCUCGCAGCCUGAAAUUUAGAAGGGGAAAUUUUCCCCUUCUAAAUUUCAGGCUGCGAGCAGGCUACCUAUCCGUGACUCGAACAAUAGGGAAACUGCAAAUUGCUAUUGGUGGAUUUGGUAAAAAUAUAAUACACACGUGACGGUGAAAGGACCAGAUUUUUGAAUAAACGUUGACUAACAUAGAUAAUGAGUUAUAUUGUUAUUCUAAUGAGUUUGACAGCCAUCUUCCCUUCGAUAGGCUAUGGUUUGACGUACCGCGGUAGGAAUCGAACCCACGACCUUUGGUUACCAACGGAGCUACGAGGUCAAGUCGGUUCGAGUGGGUUAUAUUUCGGAAAUCAGUCUAGUUCCUUUGAUAUCAGUGUGCCUUGCUCGGUGUGGACACACUCAGAUACAACAUCAAAAACAUAUAUAUCUUUACACGAGUGCAUAACACCAGACAGAAGCAAAAAAAUCGAACUUGUUGUGAGUCUGUUGGCCUCAUCAACCUUCAGUUACAAGAUCUGAUGAUAACAACUUCUUUCAGCUUGUAAGAAGUAGGCGAACACAUCUUGUUAACAAGCUGUGUGCUUUUUACGCGUGUACAUUACGCGUGUGAUUAUACAGCAGUAGCAAGGUCCACACUGCUCAACACUGCAUGAAUGACAUACAGCUAACUCUACUUUUUGCACAAGUUGUUGCAAGUCUGCAAACAAGUUGUUACAAAUGUGUUCACAAACUGUCGACAAGUUGUGUUGGCACUGAUGGUUCCUAGUUGCUGUAACAAGUUUGGAACAAGCUGUUAGCAACUUGUAUUAAGCUUAAGCUCAAUAAGCUGUUAACAACUUGUAAUAUGGCAUUAUCAGACUUGUUACAAGGUUGUUCUAACAAGUCUGAUACAGUCAUGAUAUAACAAGAAUGUUGCAAGGUUGACGACACAAGGUUGUAACAAUUAUAUUGCUAUAUCAUGACUGUAUCGGACUUGUUGGAACAAAUCAUGCAACAAAUCUGAUAUCAACAAGGUUGUUACAAGUUGUUAACAGCAUGUUCCAAACUUGUAACAACUAGCUUGGGACAAGCAGUGCGAACACCACUUGUUGACAGACUUACUACAAGAUGUGAGAUUUUUACGCGCGCAGUCUACGGUCAUUGUGAUUACACAGCAGUAGCGAAAGCCCUGCAACAGCAGUAGUUAGGCCCACACUUGCCAACACUGCAUGAAUUAUGUCUAUAUACGGCUAACCCGAGUUUAUUCGAGUCUGUAUACUCCUCAUAAUUAUCAGCCAAGGCAGGCUGACGUUUAUACACAUGCAGAGACUCUGCGCAGGCCCAGCUAAGUUUCUGAACCUCUUUUGGUGACUGUUGUAUCAGCCUACUGUCUGUACAUAUUUGCUUGCACGUGAGCAACUCGUUUUCACCACAUGUUCGUCGCACUGCAUAGUUGAGCCCAGGACCCUCGGCUGGAAUUGAAGCGCAUACACCCAUAGCGAGUUCGUCGAGAUAGUUGUAGAAAUAGGAACGAAAACCACGACGGUAGCGCUUUAGAACAAGUUCGGAAGGAAGGGAGUUUUGAAGCAGCCCUGCCGAAAAAUAAAUGAAUAGCUUCAAAUUAGUUUGGUUCCCAGGCUUUAUCGCUCGGUUGGGCAGCAUGACAUGACAGGGCCCCCAAAGACCCAUAUCAAAAUAUAUCGACUGGAAACCGUCGGAGUAUGUUGAACUUUAUAUAAUACCUUAUUGAAUUCUGAUCGUUGAAUUGGCUGUUUAUGGUCACGUGAUAUUGAAUAGAAAAUUCCAUUUCCCAAGAGUGCAAUGGAAUACGUUCCAUUGCACUCUUUGCGAGUGCAAUUGUAUUAUACGUUUUAUUCCAUUGCACUCCUUGUGCUUUGGAUAAAAUGCAUCCGUCAAAAUGUGUGUAUUUAUUUUAAUAUUAAAUGGUGUUUUAAUAAACUGUUCUUGAAAAAGCAAUAUUAGUCUAUUUUGGUAAUAUAUAAAACAAAUAAUGAAUGUUUAUUCGUGC